CUUAUACUAGGCGCUGCUCAGCGUUCCAACGUUCAUCAUUUCAACUUCGUCAACGUUCAGGCCUCUGCUCUCUGCAUCCUCGCUGCUCCCGUCGCUCAUCUCGCGAUGACGCGAAGAGCAAACUACUGGUUGACUGCUUUAUUUCACUUACUUGCUUUCUCUUUGCUCAAGCACCUGCUCGCGCCAUCAUGGGCGCUCCACGCCUCCGAGGCCGGCGUGGUCGACUGGCAUAAGCCUCUCAUCGGAAUUCCACUCACAAGCGCACCUUCAGCAGCACCGAGCUUCUUUAGAUUGGAAAAGUCGGACAGAACCACCCAUAGCCUGAUUAUCACAGCAACCGCAAGCAAUGUUCUUGCUGCGCUCGAUCCGUUGGAUGGCAGCAUUGCAUGGAGAUACAAGUUUGAUGAAGAUGAAGAUGUUCUUGCAUAUCGUGGAGAAAACGACGUCGUUGCUGCGGUCUCCGGCUCCGGUGGUGCAAUGUUGCGCCUGUUCAAUGCCUCUAACGGACAUCUGCUCCUUGAAAAACGUCUGCACAAGCCUGAGGCAGGUCGUUUAUUUGAGCCGGAAACGCUUGCAACCGCCAUUGCCUUCGACGUGAACGACGUAUUUGUUCUCUCGAACGCAUAUAUCUUGCGACGUAUUGACGGAAAGACUGGAGAUGUCGUAUGGAGUUGGAUGUCGCCAGAUCAAUCUUCACUUGUUGCCUACUCGAGGAUCGUUGCGACGCCUUCAAUUAUUUAUAUUAUCGGCCUCGCCAAAUCCUUCGCGUCGUAUACGAUCCAUGUGACGGCUCUGUCCUCGAGCACGGGCGAAGUCAUUGCAUCUGUGCCUAUUCCUUCGAGUGUUCACAAUGGCUUGACCGACUUCUUCGCCAUCAGCAGUGGGACAGAGUCCCGUGUCAUAUGGCUCGAAGCAGGGGUGAUUAAAUCACUGUCAUUCAUGCCAGAAUUGAAAGAGAAGCCGAGAGACAUGUCUCGCACUCUGUACAAAAGCAUCAAAGAGAUUGCGCUAUCCGCACAUGGUUUGUUUAUCGCCAUCAAGGAGACCGAGAGCGCUUCCAUCAUCAGACUUGACAAAAAGGGUCUACAGGAGAUCUGGGAGUUCACGGAUUCUUCACCCUCGAAAGAGUAUACCGAUUCUCAGUACACCGGUGGACUUGAUAAGAAUGGCCGUCCAUACGUGGCUCGUGUGUACUGGUCACAUACAUUGAAGGUGGCUUCUGCACAUGUCUACGCUCCACAUCUUGCAGAAGGCAAGGGACUUGUCUCAGGCUACACGUUCCCCUUUGAAACUGACCAACACGGUGUCAUCACACAUGUUGCCGUCGAUCUAGCCAAUCCAGAGGAGUUUAAAGUGAUCGCGCGUCUAGCCGUGACGACAAGUACGGGCGCCGUGCAGCUGUGGCAUCACGAUCAGCUCCAGUGGAUCCGUGAGGAAGGUUUAGCGGAUAUCAAGGUGGCGGAAUUGGUUGAGCUGCCCGAACGCAAGGCAAUCGCUGCACACAUCCGGGAGGAAAACGAGACUUUUGUUGAUCGUUUGAUAAGGCAGCUAUCGGAAGCUCAGGAUUUUCCUGAGUACGCCGUGAACUUCGCACGACGGUUCGUCACAGGCUCGUACGCUUCUGUGUCGUCCUCUGUUGCUCCUCUCGCGAAUGCGUCCGAACCGCUCUCGCGCGACACAUUCGGUUUCCGGAAGGUCAUAAUUGCGGCGACUCCGUAUGGAAAACUAUAUGGCAUAGACUCUGCUAACGGAGAGAUACUAUGGAGCCGCAUAUUUGGCCUCGGUUGGGCGACCCAAAUUGGUGGACAGAUCAUACCCGUCAAGAUGUUCACGACUCGCACUGUGAAUGAUGGCGAUACCCCGCAAGUUGUGCUUAUAACUCAGAGAAAAGCUAGCAAUAGCCUUGUAGACACUGUCCUCUUCCAUGUUGACGCGCUGACGGGCGAAGACAUCAGAGGGCUCUCGCCAGCUCCAGGGGUACUUCAAGGUUUCGAUGCGAUCGCUGGCCCGCUAGUUGAAGCGUUCAUGCUCCGUGCGGGUUCGAAGAGGAUUAUCGCUCUGCUUGACGAAUUUGUCCAGGUUCGCCUCUACCCUUCUACUGAAGAAAGUGCCGAGGCUCUCAAGGAGAUGCUGCCACAUCUUCACAUCCCGCUUCGAACCGGAACUCCUGGACAGCGGAUCAUCACAGGUCACCAACUUUCGCCGGAGCCCGAAUUCACCGGUUUCCACAUCGCAUAUCCCACGUGGACGUUGAUGCUUCCUAACAACGAAGAGAUCCUCUCCAUCAUCCCUCGCACCCCUGACACAGUAGCAUCGCUUGGGAAAGUGUUGGGCAACCGCACGACAUUGUACAAGUACCUCAAUCCGAACAUGAUGACUGUCGCGACCCGCUCGACCGACCGCCAAGAACGUAGGUGUUCGAUUUACGUGGUAGAUGGUGCGAAGGGGACCGUCCUGUAUCAUGUCGUCAUUCCAGCGACGGACGAUGUGAAGGUAGCGUUUGCCGAAAACUGGCUUGUAUAUGAGUACUACGAUGGCGAUAUCGCGGGUGUCGAUGCUGCGAAGAGCUAUCAUCUGGUCUCUGUGGAGCUGUACGAGGGCCAUGGAGCGGAUGACAAGCGGAGGAGUUCCGACCUAUCCUCACUUUCAGCAGAUACGAUAGCAAUCACCGCAUUUGAACAGGCAUAUGUACUGCCUCAUGGGAUUAGGACGAUCUCGACAACGUCCACAACAUAUGGCAUUACCAUGAAGGACAUUAUCGUUGCCAAUGAGAACAAUCAGAUUCAGUCGUUCCCUCGGAGAGCACUUGAUCCUCGUAGGCCAAAACACAAGCCUACGAAUCAAGAACUGGAGGAGAUGCUUGUGCAAUACGACGCUCUCCUUCCGGACGAUCCUAAGCAUGUGCUCUCACACAACUAUGAGGUUAUGGGUACAAAACGCAUCAUAACAUCGCCUGCAUUGCUCGAGUCGACCUCUCUCGUGUUCACCUAUGGACAGGACCUCUUUUUCACGCGAGUCGCACCAUCCAACACGUUCGAUGUCCUCAGUGAGAACUUCAACAAGGCACAAUUGGUGCUCACGGUUGCAGGACUGGCGUUUGCGAUCGCAGUGGCGAAGCCUAUGGUGAGGAGGAAACGGCUACGCGAGAAGUGGUACGACCAGUAAUGGCGGAUUUUUCAAAAACAAAAAUGCCUGAAAGCUAUUUUGUACCUGUUGUGCUCAUAAUAUUUCAAAGAAUGACCGGAGUCCUGGCUACUACCCUCAUCACUCGUGCUUUGCAAGAAAACUUGGAUCUGUUUAAUUGCUACAUUCAAUCGCAGUGGUUGCAUUUCAGAACGCGCCAGGAGGCGGACUAUCAGAGGUAGGGCCCCGCUUGGGGUCCCUUAAUAGAGCUUAUUGCAGCAUCUAUAGACGGAUUUGUGAGGCUAUUUACACU